AUGAAGUUUAUUUGCUUAACAUUGAAGGAGAUUUUUCAAAGGAACCAAAUUUAAAUAAGAUCCCCACUCCUGAUACGAUAGUUGGAGAAGUUCAUGGUCAAUUGUACGAUGUUUAGGAACUUUUUAAAGUAGGAAGGAACCCUCCAUUUACAAAUUAAAUGUUUUUGGUUGAUUAUGUGGAUAGAGGUGUUCAUAGUGUUGAAGUUAUUACAUUGCUUUCCCUCCAUAAGAGUCACAAUGAUUAGAGGAAACGAUGAAACCAGAGCUUCUAUUCUUGAAAUUGAUGAAUAAGAUAAUAGAUAUUUUAAUAUUUUUAGUGAAAGUCCUGAAAAUAUGAAAAAGAUUUGGGAACCAAAAGCAUGA